GAUACGUGUCUCCACAUUGACGAUGAAGAUCAGUUGAAAUAUGACGUACCUUGUCUUCCCACGAAGCCUGACACAUCCGCAUCGGGAAACUCACCCUUAACAACCCGGGCGAGCUCCUGAUAGCGGGGUGCGUACCCUCAUCCACCACUACAUAGGAAAAAAAACAACAAUAACGUUACAUGCAUUUUUAAUAACCGUUAAACAAGUCCGUGCUGCCCAGUCACAGAACUUAGCUUAGCCUUGAGCUAAUGAUGCUAACGUGGACUGUUGACCUGCUGCUGAGAGGUGGGGUUCUUACUCUGCACUGAUUAACCAUUACAGACAACCUUCAGACUCAUAAACGCAUAAAAAACAAACUUCGGCACAUCUUUCACAGAGAACAUGGAAACACGGACAUGAAAUUGGAAUAACUGAUGUUUGUUUUAAAAUCUACUUAUAAAUCUGCUUAUAAAUGGUACAUGAUGUGAGAUGGCAACCAGGGGGCAGUCAACAUGGGACGGCUUGUGUACAUCACAGUUAAACAUCAUCCUUCUUGGUGGCAGAAACUCUGGAAAGAGCUCUGUGGGGAACUUAAUCCUGGGCAAAGAGGAGUUUGUCACCAAAGAGAGGACCUCGUGCUCCAGGAGGCUGGGUGUGGUGGCCGGAUGGUGGCUCACAGUGGUGGACACUCCCGGCUGGUGGUGCGACUUCAGCACUCAAGAGACAUCUGAGCUUGUGAAGAGGGAGAUUGUAAGCAGUGUCUCUCUGUGCUCACCAGGCCCACAUGUAUUUCUAAUCAUAAUUAAGACGAGCUCGGCCUUCACAGAGAGGCGUCGCAGGGCUGUGGAGGAGCACGUGGCCCUGCUGGGUGACAGGGUGUGGAGUCACUGCAUGGUUGUCUUCAUCUCUGCUGACAGGUCUAAACACACUCAAGCAGAGGAGCUUGUACAGAUGGGGGGACAGGCCCUCCGCUGGCUCAGUGAGAGAUGCCAUCAGAGGUGUCACAGUGUUAUCUUGAGUGAUGAUAGUGAAGUUGCUGAGCUGCUGGAGAAGAUACAGAAACUUGUCAGAGCAAAUGGUAACAGAUGGUUUGAAAUGCAGGAAAAUUUAUUACAGGCGACAGCAGAAGAGAAGAGAAGAGUGGAGGAGAGAGCUCGGCAGAGGUUUAUGAGUAUGAAGAAACACAGAUUUCUCAUGCGAGAGAGGCUGAAGCCCAUUACUAAUAUCCGGAUUGUGUUGGUUGGAGCAAAGGGUUCUGGGAAAACCUCUUCACUGAACACAAUUCUGAGUAGAGAGAGCAGCCAGUCACUGAGGAGAACAGCCCUGUGCCUCGUUGGAAAAGGAGUGGUGUUUGGGCGACAGGUGACUGUGGUGGACACACCAGGCUGGUGGAUGAACUACUUCUGUGACGAGAGUGCCAUCUUCGACCGGAUGGAGAUGGUGUUCAGUUUGUCUCUCUGCCCUCCGGGGCCUCACGUCUUUCUUUUGGUGAUCCGUGUGGACAGGGCUUUCACCGAAACCUACAGGAGAGCAGUGCAGGAACAUCUCCAGCUGAUCAGUGAGAACAUCUGGAGUCGUGUCAUCGUGCUGUUCAGUUUUGGCGACUGGCUGGGAGGCGCCACUACUGAGCAGUGGAUCGAGAGUGAAGGAGAACCUCUGCAGUGGCUUGUUGAUAGAUGCGGCAACAGGUAUCAUGUUCUGAACAAUAAAACUAAAGGGGAUGGAUUUCAAGUCAGAGGACUGAUUGGGAAGAUUGAGGAAAUGUUGGCUGGCUGCAACGACGGCCAGCAUUAUGAAGUAGAGCGGAAAGUGAUGGAACAGCUGGAGGUGAAGAUGAGACAAGAGAAGGAGAGAGCCAAGGAGAGACUGAUGAGGAAGCAGAAGCAAAGGCAGUUGGCGAGGUCUCAGCUGGAGAAACUCAACCCUCUUCCAGAUCUGAGAAUAGUGCUUGUUGGUGUCAGAAAAACUGGCAAGAGCUCAUGUGGAAACACCAUCCUAGGCAGGGAGUGCUUCCACACAGAAACCCAAACCACUUCCUGCUCUGAACAAACUGCCACAAUCAGUGGAAAGACGGUGGUAGUGCUGGACACACCAGGCUGCUUCACUGUGACCUCUGACCUCCUCUUGGCAUCGUCUGCUCUGCUCCUGGUUGUCAACGUGAGCUCCUCAUUCAAAGAUACCCAAAGGGAGGCAAUGGAGAAACAACUGGAGGCAGGAGGAGGCCAAAUGUGGAGCAGAGCUGUGGUCCUGUUCAGCUACGGUGACUGGCUGGGUGACACCAGCAUCGAGCAGCGCAUUGAGAGCGAAGGAGAACCGCUGCAGGGGCUGGUUGAGAAGUGCGGGAACAGAUAUCAUGUCAUGGACAAUAAACACUGGGGGGAUGGAUCUCAGGUUAACGAGCUGAUCGAGCUUAUAGAGGAGAUGCUGCCUAAAGAAAGGAUGGCUGUUCUUCACAGAGGCGAUGACAUGUGGAAAAGUGUUUCUUCACCACAAGAGCACCAACCGGUUGCAGUAACGUUGUGUAAAAAAGAUUUAAAGGUGGUCACGAGCUGCAAACAUCAGCGGUCCCAUGACUUGAAUGAAUCAGCCAGUUCCACUACUCAAACCUCACAAAAUUGCUCGGAUGGCCAAGAUAAUGGUGGUCAGACGGUGGCUCUUCCAGCAGAACGAACGAGAAGCUGGACAGGACUCGCCAUCCUUGACAGAGACAGCUUCAUGUCCUGUUUGACCUCUAUGCUCUCUGGUAAAGAAGGACUGAGGCGGACUAAAUAUCUGCCUGCCUGGUUCCCUACGGAUGAUCUUCACCUGAGACUGAAUGGUGAAAGCCAGGGGCAUCUGUCCUCGACAAGACAUCCAACAAUGCUUCUGGUUUUUCCUCAAACACAACACAGGAUGAUUGCAGAGCAAAAUGUCAUCAAUGUUAAUUCCCUCUGCCAUCCUGCACUGAGAGAGCAUACUCACAUGCUUGCUGAGUCUGGAUGUCUGCAGGUGCUGAUUGACCAAAGGGACAAGAGCAACCUGGAGGAGCUGGAAGCCUUCAUUGACACGUACUUUGAGAUGGUUUGGGAGCAAACAAUUGGGUCAUUUCAGCCAACUGAACCCAACUCUCCCACUGCAGAGCAGGCUGCUGUCGUAGAGGAGACUGGACAGGAAGAAGUGCUCUCAUCCAUCGACAGGAAACUUUCAAAGCUGGAACUCCUUGAGGAGAUCAGGAGGGAUCUAGUCGAACUGAGGAAGAGUCUGGAGCACAGCUGGAAGGCCACAAAGGAAGAAAAAAGUAAACAAGAUGAUAAUAAUACAUGUUGAAACAGGGUAAUCAAAGAUGGAGUAAACUGUCAUCUCUAUCGGUCAAAAGUAAUUUAUAUGUAAUUUUUCUGACUAGUUAAUUUCAAGAAGUAAACAAUUGUCAAAACCUCACUUUCUUUGGCUGAAGGGAUUACCAUUUUGUUGUG